CCCUUCAGUACUCCCAUGCAGCUGGACAGAGAGACAGGACCGGAGCAUAUACACAACACUGCUGCUUAGGGGACACAAAGUCAAGCAGCACACGGCAAUCUCAAGCAAUUUUCUACAGGGGAUUACAAUUUGGACAUCUGGGAUAUGUAGCCUGUCUGAUUAUUUCCUCACAAUUUGUUGCAAUAAGGGAUCUACAAUUUGUGAAGCUCCAGAGGCAUACAAAGCAUCAGCUAACCAAACUAAGAAAAAAGAUUUACAAGGAGAGGUUGAAGAAUGGCAGUGGCAUGCCUCCAGAAUAAACUGAUGGAGUGGAGGAGACAGACGGAGGAACACAAGAGAAAACAAAAUGGGGGUUUGGAAAACUCAAUCGAAAAAGAGGAGGAAGAGGAAGACAAUGUAAAGAUUUACCAGAAAGAUGAUUAUGCUACACUGGUUUUCCUCUCCUUGAAAGAGUUCAGGGAUUCCUUGAUUCUCACAGACCUUACGUUGAACACCAAUGAUGGUAGGAGCAUUUGUGUUCACUCCACAGUCCUGGCUGCUGUCAGCUCACUCAUCUGGGCAAAACUGAAUGAAAGAAAGACAGAAAACAGUAGAGUUAAUGAAAGAAAACCUGCUGAUACCGGUGCUGGAGUCCAUGGGUGGUCUAUCUCUCUUGAUAAAGAGGUGGAUUGUGUCGGAUUAGAGGCUGUUGUGGAGUUUGCGUAUACUGGACUCAUAUCGAGUUUGAAUGAGCAUAACCUUAGUCAGAUUCAAGGUGCUGCUAAAAUAAUGGGAGCCCCUCGAGUGCUGUCCCUGUGUGACUUGCACAAUGAGCAGCUCUCAACACCUGGCAGAGACAAUAAAGGGGUAAUACUAUCUGCUGCAGAACAGAUGGCCAUAAAUCUAGAAUCCAUCAAACAGUUGUGGAUUGACAGAGUUGGCUGUGACGUCAGGUUGGAAGCCCCUGGGGGAUCAGUUCUUGUCCACAGAGUGAUCCUGGCUGUCAGUACUGACUAUUUUCGUGGGAUGUUUACACUGGGGAUGAAAGAGUCCCUUCAGUAUAGUGUGAGCCUGCCAUUCCUCUUUGUCUCAGAUCUAGAAGUUUUGGUUGGCAGCUCUUACAAUGGGACUCUUCCACUCACCUGGACAGGCAUCUUUGAGAUUGCUUGCCUUUCUAUUCAGCUGCAGUACCAACCUGCCCUGUCCUUGUGCUUUAGCUUCCUUCGCCAUGAAAUAAAUGCUCACACCUGCCUUGAUGUGGUAUCUUUCGCUGAAGCCUACAACAUGGCACAACUUCAAGAGGCUGCAGAUGAUUUUGUCCAACGGCAAUUUCAAGAGGUGGCCUGCACAUCUAAGUUCAAGGAUCUGCCAGCCAAACAGCUACUCAAAUACCUAAACAGCACCUCACUCUGUGUUCCUUCAGAGCUAGUUGUGUUCAGAGCUGUGGUGUUAUGGAUUCAAGAAAAACCCAAUCCCAGACUUAAACUGGCUGAGGAGCUAAUGAAAACUGUUCAGUUUUCCCUGAUGACAUUUAAGGAAUUUAAAGAGGUUCAGUCACAUAGCAUUUGGUGUAAUCACAGGUUGACCGAGUUGUAUGAUAGAAUCUAUGAAGAUUUCUAUUAUAACGACUCUCCACCACAGAAUCAAUGCCGCAUCUAUCUGCCCAAAGAGAGUCUAGUAUUGAUUGGGGGCGACCAGAUCUCAGAAGACCUGUGCAGCCGCAGCAUCAGCAGAGAUAUUUGGUUUGGGAAUUCUGUGAGAAGUCUGGGAGGGAUAAACAAGGAAAUUGAGUGGAGAAGAUUGGGAGAAAUGCCGGAGUCACCAAGGUUCAGCCAUGAAGUCGCUGUUCUCAGUGGACAACUGUACAUUUUUGGAGGCAAAAAUUAUUAUGGCAGCGGUGACAUCUUUAGCUCUGUUUAUAGGUAUGACCCUCUUCAAAAUAGCUGGGAGCGCCUGUGUGAAAUGCAAGAGAAGAGAUCCUCUUUUUCUGUGAUUGUCCUGGAUGGACAGUUACAUGCUGUUGGUGGAUACUGUGAACCUCAUUAUUUGGAUACUGUUGAACGCUACUGUCCCACCAAAAACUCUUGGAGCUUUACCAGACCCCUGGAUGUACCGUUGGGUGGGCAUGUAGCAAAGGCUUUUAAAGGGCAGAUCUUUAUCUCAGGAGGGCAAAACAGUGACCAGUUGUGUCUUGCAUCUAUGUUUCUGUAUCACCCAGAGAGAGGAAGCACCUACCUGGCAAGUAUGAGCAAACCUCGCGCUCAUCACUGUAUGGAGACCCUGGGUGAACAUCUUUAUGUAGCAGGAGGAAUCACCACAAACGAUAACAGGACUGUCGUUGAUCAGCUGGCCUGUGAAAUGUAUAGUCCAGCUACCAACUGUUGGACUGCGAUCACAUCUCUGCAAGUGCCGCAUGUCGGGGCAGCUAGUGCGGUUUUGGAGGGAAAGUUUUACUUGCUUGGUGGGUACAGCCAGGAGGACUGCAGUGACACGAAUAUGGUCCUCCGCUAUGACACCAACAACCAGAAAUGGGAAAACAUUGGACAAAUGCCAGGGCCUAAUAAUGAAAUACGAGCAUGUGUGCUGUGUUUGCCACACCAUUUGCGUAUAUGAAACACAAUAACUUUAUCAGCUGGGAUUAGUGAGUUAUUAUGGUGAUGCGUAUUCGGAUUUAUACAGUACAUUAUGCCCCUAUGUGAAAUUGGAUUUUUUUUUAAGGAGAAAUUUACAUCUCAGGUAUUACCAAUCUUAAGUUUAUUGCAAUGUAUACAACUCUGCAAUUGCUAUAGUUUUUGUUUGUGCAUGCAUUUUAAGUUUGAGAAGGUAAUGUUAGCAGACAUCUGCAAGUCUAGCAGUUUUAAACUGGUU